AUGGUUACUGACUAUGAGGCAUUGAAGUACACCAACAGGAAACACAAGCUAAGCAGACAACAUGCGAAGUGGGUUGCCUAUUUGCAAGAGUUCAUGUUCUCACCAAACCACCAAUCGGGGAACUUGAACCGGGUUGCAGAUGCUUUAAGUCGACGUGUAUCACUCCUUACCACUAUGAGUACUAGGGUGGCGGGCUUUGACAAUUUCAGGAAAUUGCACGCUGAAGAUCUGUCCAUUGGAAAGAUUUUUAAGGAGGUAAAUGAAGGUCAACAGAGUGAUUUUCUUUUGCACAACGGAUUUUUGUUCCACGUCCUACAAUUGUGUAUCCCUGACUACUCUUUGAGGGAACACAUUAUAUGGGAACUACAUGGUGAGGGGCCCUUUGGGCAAGAAAAAACUUUAGCUUUGAUCGCCGCAAAUUACUACUAG